AUGAUUGCGGGCGCGGCGACCGAGUUGACCGUCCAGUCCGAGCGCGCUUUCCAGAAGCAGCCUCACAUCUUCCAGAACACCAAGACCAAGGCCAAGAGCACCCGACCGGGCAAGGGCGGACGCAGAUGGUACAAGGAUGUUGGUCUGGGUUUCCGUACCCCCAAGACCGCCAUUGAGGGCAGCUACAUCGACAAGAAGUGCCCCUUCACCGGUCUCGUGUCCAUCCGCGGCCGUAUCCUGACCGGCACCGUUGUCUCCACUAAGAUGCACCGUACCGCCAUCAUCCGCCGCGAGUACCUCCACUUCAUCCCCAAGUACUCCCGUUACGAGAAGCGCCACAAGAACCUCGCCGUCCACGUGUCUCCCGCUUUCCGUAUCGAGGAGGGUGACCAGGUCACUGUUGGCCAGUGCCGUCCUCUCUCCAAGACCGUCCGUUUCAACGUCCUGCGCGUGCUGCCCCGAACUGGCAAGGCGGUCAAGAAGUUCAGCAAUAGCUCCGGACCCAUCCUCACCACCUACAAUUUCUACACUCCCACUGACAACAUGGGAUGGUGGCCAUCGAUAUUAGGAGGCUCCUCCUCGGCCGACCCGGUUUCAAACCUCGAUCCCAAACUCCGCGAGUUUCUUGAGAAGGAGUCGCCCGUCAGGUAUCAACAAACGCCAGCACAGGGACAAUCCUCGUCGCACCCAGUACAACAUCCCACAGUCUCGAAAGCCGUUGCCGAAGCGCAAACAAAGGGAGACUUCGACGCAAAGUCAAAGGUCCCCGCCGAAUCCCUCUACCAAGAUGGACGAUAUGCGCACUUGUGGAAGGGGUACAGGCCGCAAGCAGAGGUCGAGGCGGACGCCAUGACCGACCACGACAGAUUGAUCAGCGUCUUAGACGGGUACACGCAGAGGAAGGAGCAGAUUUCUAAAAUCGCCAUGGAGAACUGCGCCGAGGCGCAAGAGGCGUGGAUCAAUUGCAUGAAGCAUGGCGCCUGGUCAGAUCAAGCACAGCUCUGUCGGCACCAGGUCAGGGCGUUUGAGAAAUGCUAUCAGACACAAUCACGAUUUCUACGAGCACUAGGCUACGGCGCGGUCGCGGACCGUCCGGCUGCCGUCGACGAAGACAUCCAGAUGCACGCCGACGCCCUCUACCAGCGCGUUCUCGCCCACGAAGCAGCAGUCAACAAGGCCCGCGAGGACGGCACACCAGUUCCCGUCUUCGACCCAGUCAUCCCGCGACUUGCGACACGACCAACAGGACCGCGCGUCCAGCCGUCUGAAGAGGUGAAGAAGCAAUGGGACGAGAAACUGCAGGAGCUGCCCGAGGCGGAGCGUGCGGCGGAGGAGGCCGCGCUCCGGGCGGAUUUGCAGGCCAAGUCUGAUGUGGCGAGGAACAUGAAAGACUUUUACGAAUCCAGAAAGAAGCAGAAGCAGGAGGAGCGCCAGGAGAAGGACGUUGUGGAAGGGAAGACCGUUGCCGAGCAGCUUUGGUCCAAGUUCACGGGGCGGUAA